GCGUGGAGACAGAUUGGAGUGUUCGCUACGUUCGCAGCACCUGAAGCCUGUGGAAUUUGUGCGUCGUAGUAAUCACGUUGUUUCUCUUAAUUCUAAAGGCCAAUUAACGCCACCAGUAUAACUCACAGUCAUUCGAAAGAACGUUAUGCAAGAUCCAAUCACUGGAUGGGUCAGCAAGGUAUUUAAUAAGAAAUAAUAUAUUGGAAAAGGAGUUCAGUGAAAAGUUGAAUUGUCUACGUCAUUGGGGGAAUCGUCUGCAGACGUCACUGCUGUGUCAGACACGUUUCAGUCGUGAAACCAGUAAGAAGUGAACAUUGGUUGUGAAGAGUGAAGCGAAGUAAAAAUUCCUGAGGAAAAUUGAAAACAAAGACUGUUGGUGACUAGGUGUGUCCUGCACAUUGAAGUUUAUAAUUAACGUGAUAAUUUCGCAAGAGGAAAACAGUGAGAAACAAUGUUUCUGAUUAUUUAUACAGACUUCUGAUAUUGACGUGUUUAUCGGUAUGAAGAACAGCUUGCGAUGAUCGAGUCGUGGGGAUGGUGAUGGUGGCACAGGAUCACCAGAAGCAGGAGGAUGACAGAUUUCAGACUGACGAGGAUAAGGAAAGGGUGACAUCACGAGUGAAUCUUGUGACUACUCCUAAAAAUGAUAUACAAGGACAUUCUGGAAUUCAGAAUGGCGCUUGUGUUGUGGCAAGAACCGAAAUUGAUACAUUGGAGAAUGAUUCACAAGGAUGCUCGACUUUGUGUAGUGACGUAGAGGAUGAUCUCGAUAAUGUAGAUUCUGAGGCAGAGGAGGGCUGGAUAACUGAACUUUCUGUACCAGCUCUUCAGCAUAUCAGCAAUUGUAUCAGUCAGUUUAAUCCUGAACCGCCUCCCAACUUUGGUGAUGUUUGCGUGAAAAAUUCGUCUAAUGUUAAUUUGGGAAAUAAAACAUUUUACAAGGGACCUGUUACUAUCAAACAGUUUGUAUACACAAAUCCAGACUUUAGUACUGUUAAUGAUGUUAUUGAGAAUGAACGAGUAACCAAUCAAAGGGAUGUUGAGGCAUCAGAGAUCAUCAAUAAUGGUACCAGCACUGUCACUCCUAAUUCGGCUGAUUCUUGUAAUAACGGAGAAGUGCACCGGUUAUGGACCAAGAAAUACGCUGCCAUGGCUAUAGCGUCUGCAUUGGCGCUGGUCCUUCUGAUUUUGGUAGCCAUCAGCGUCGUUUUCCUGUCACGUGGUUCGGAUGUACCGGAAACACCAGAGAUCUCAAUAAAUCGCGACGCAUUGGUUAUCGAUGGCGUAAGGACAGUAGGAAGGGAUGAAUGGUUGGCACAACCCCCAGCAAGUCAAAUGGACAAGUUAAGACACCCCGUACCAUACGUGAUCAUAACUCACACAGCAACCAAUUUCUGCGACACUCAAUCAGCCUGCACUCAUCUUGUACGAUUGGCACAAAACUUUCACAUCGAGUCCAAAAACUGGUCGGACAUAGCUUAUAAUUUUCUAACGGGUGGUGAUGGUUUGGCAUACGUAGGUCGCGGAUGGGAUUACGCUGGCGCUCAUAGUUUUGGCUACAACAUCAAAAGCAUCGGUAUAGCAUUUAUAGGAACGUUCACUAACGUCUCUCCGCCAUUGGCGCAAAUACGUGCGACACAGAAAUUAAUAGAGUUUGGGGUGAAGAAGAAAUACAUUGCUGACGAUUAUAAACUUUUAGCACAUCGACAAGUUUCACCGACUACAAGUCCUGGAGAUGCACUUUUUAAUAUCAUUAGAACUUGGCCACACUGGACAUUGAUAAGUUAAGUUGAUAUUACCGAUUAGUCAAGAGUCUGUAUACCGCCUGUGCGUCGAUACUUUAGAUUUUUUUUAUUUGAAUACAAAAAGAAAUGUAAGAUCUGCUGCAAGCUUUUGGGGGUGUUCUUUGAUGAUUUGAUGCUAGUCUUUAAUGUUUAUGUACGAUAAUCAAAUUGGAUACAUUUCAUAAUGAUUUUUCACUUUGGGUACACAUUUAUGUGUAUUAUCUUCGAGAAAGAUUGUUCAAAUUUUAUAAUAGUACACUGUUUGGUAACGUUUAAUGAUUGUUAUUUUUCGAUGGGUUAACAAUGAUCUAGUAAAUUGAACAAUUUGUAUAUAUUUAAGCAUUCAGUAAUCUAGAUUACAAUGGAAUAGAGUAUAAGACGUCAUGUGAACAUUCCCAAGUUUAUUUCUGUGGGACAGUAAGCAAUUCUGAUUAAAAAAGGUUAACAAUGUCGGUUGUUAUGUGAAAAGUUUUUAAAAUUUACAAAAAGCAAAGACGUCGUAACGAUUUGCUUUUCCUCUUAUGUAAAUACUAUUUGAAGAACGUUUGAAUAAGCGAAAAAGAUUUGCAUUAAAUGCAACAAAGUCAUGUCAUGUUGUUAUCGUAAAACAAUUAUGCAAAUACAUCAAUAGCAAUAAUUCAGGAGAGAAUUUUCAUAUUGUUAUAUAUGAAUAUUUCUUUACAUGCGUGAUAUCUAAAAAAUACGUAAACACACACAUUUUGUAAAACACCAUUCUUCUGGAAAUUUUUUAUCAACCAUACUGCGUGUAUAUAAUAUUUUUUUUUCUUUUCUACAUUCUGAGGACGACGUCAUUAAUAAGUACACAAUUCUGUCUAAGGUUCUUACUGCGAGUACUUACGUAACGCAGGAUAUAGGUAAUACAAUAUAUCUGAAGAGCUUCUGUUGUUUUCAUUGCAAAGCUUCUUCCUUGGCCGAAGAUGAUUUAUCUUUAUUAUCCGAUAGUACUGUGACAUUUUUUACUGAAGAUUCGCCAAGGAUAUCGGACGCGUGAGCUUCAUUUCCGGAAUUUGAAUUGCUGGGAACUUCGUUUCCAACUUCGGUAACGCUGAUACGAAUUUCCGGUAUUACACCAUAAUCAAUGGAGUGUUGCUCGAAAGAAUCCUUUAUUGAUCCACUGGAGAAACUCCUGACAAUAAAAUCAUAUAAAAUUAAUAAAAACCCAACGGCUAA